UUUUUACCACAACACGCCUACUCUCACAUUUUGAUCCCCUAUAGGCUAUAAAUACCCUCUUUGGGUUCCCCUCUCUCCUUCACUCACAACCUUGCGCCUCCCUUUCUCUGUCGUCUUUUCCUGCAUCCCUACUCCCAUUGCGGUUUCAAUUAUAAGAAAAACAAGUUUUAGAGCGAUUCGUUCGGUUUUCCCAUCAACCGAUUAAUCCAAAGGAAAAAAGCGUGGAUGUUUUAAUGGAGACCAAAGGUGGGAAGAAGAAGUCUAGUAGUAGUAGUGGCUCCAAACAGUACGAAGCUCCCCUUGGUUACAUUAUUGAAGACGUUCGUCCCAACGGUGGCAUCGAGAAGUUCAGAUCUGCUGCUUACUCCAACUGCUUGAGGAAGCCAUCCUGAUACGUUUCCAGAAAUGCCUCCUUCGGUAGACUAGAAUUCCAUUUCCCAAAUCCUCUCUUUUCUCCCGUUUUUCUCUAAUUUGCAUAACAAAAUCAAUAAUCUGUUGUUGUAAAACGAAACCCAGAAAAAUAGAGUCUGUUUCAUUCUCUCCUUUGUUGAUUAGUUUUCAGUGAUAUCAGAAAAAAAAUCCUAUCAAGCAAUGACCACCGACCGUCAACCACCACCACCGCCGCCUUCACCAAUCGGGUUCGAAGGCUUCGAGAAGAGGCUCGAGGUGGCAUUCUCGGAGCCACCCAUUUUCAAGGACCCAGAGGGGCUCGGUCUCCGAGCCCUGACUCGACCCCAGCUCGACUCCAUUCUCGAGCCAGCUAGCUGCACCAUCGUGUCCCAACUCGCUAACUCUGAGUUCGAUUCCUACGUUCUCUCCGAGUCCAGCCUCUUCGUCUAUCCAUUCAAAAUCGUUCUCAAGACAUGUGGGACCACCAAGCUGCUCUUGUCUGUCGCACCGAUUCUCCGACUUGCCGAGUCUCUCUCGCUCGCCGUCAACUCCGUUAAAUACUCUCGGGGAAGUUUCAUUUUUCCAAAUUACCAACCUGCCCCUCACCGGAGCUUCGGCGAAGAAGUCGCCGUGUUGAACGAGUUCUUCGGGCAUAUGCACGGUAAGGCCUUUGUGAUCAGCGAUCCCAGCGCCCCAAAUCGUAACUGGUACAUUUACUCGGCGAUUAAGGAGGGUGAGAAAUCGGUGACGGCUAAUCGGACGAACGAGAUCACUCUUGAGAUGUGCAUGACCGGCUUGGACCGCGAGAAGGCGGCCGUAUUUUUCAAGAAAUCGGACUUUGUGGCUCGUAAAAUGACCAAAUUGUCCGGGAUAUCAGAGAUCAUUCCUUCGCACGUGAUCUGUGACUUUGACUUUGACCCGUGCGGGUACUCGAUGAAUGGGAUUGACGGUCUAGCAUACUCGACGGUGCACGUGACCCCAGAGGACGGCUUCAGUUACGCGAGCUACGAGGCCUUGGGGUUCGACCCGGAGUCGAUCCGGUUCGAGCCACUAGUGAAGAGGGUGCUGAGCUGUUUCGGACCUACCGAGUUCUCCGUUGCGGUCACGUGCCGCGGAGGUUGGGUCCAUCAAUGGGCGGUAGCCGACGUGGAGGGAUACACGUGUAACAGUUUGGUGAAACAGGAGCUUCCAGGUGGGGGUACCGUAGUGUACGUGUCGUACUCGGCGAAGGCCAAGGGUGUGUGCGCACCGCGCACACCUUGCGCACCUACCAAGGCUGUCAUGCAGUGCUGGAAGGAGGCGGUGGCGGUGACGGAUGAAGAGGAGGUCAAGGCGUGUCCUUGGAUUUGGUCAGCGUAGGCCAGCCGGCCAAUUAGAGUGACCGGUUGUCAGUCUCAUCGGUCACUGACAGUCAGUUUGUUGAGUGGCGUUUUGGUGAUUAUGUUGGGUUGCUAAUGUUGGCAUUUUGGCUAUUCUAUGGUUAUUUUGUUUCGUUUCGUGUUUUUUUUUUUUUAAGGUAGUCGUGUAAUGGGUCUUUGGUCUAAGAUUUGGAAUAAAUUGAGGUUUGGGUA